AAUCACCCCCUGGUUCAGGUAUAACCUUUUAAUCUUAAACAAGCUUCGGUGUUGAAUUAAUAUUAUAUAUUUCAUUCAUAACUUUGAAAGUUUUUGUUCUUAAUUAACACAGAAAACACUUGGUUGAGGCAUAAACAAAGUUAAUUAAGAAAUUCCAAUGAUUCCUCUGAAGGAUCGUUGUUGAUGGCAAACAAUACACACCAUGUCAUCAUUGAUAUAGCAACAACUUCUGAAACAACCACCCUUCCUCGUCAUCAAUUACAUGAUGUUGAUGAUGAUGGUAGAUUGCAUGUUUCACUUCAAACUUCAAAUCAUUCAUCGUCGCCACGACGAGGAGGAGGAGGAGGAGGGCGGAAUAGUAGAAGCCCAUUGAAUUCAGGGUUUUGGAUUUCUUUUGAAUUUAUUUUCACAUUAUCUCAAAUUAUUGCUUCUGUUAUUGUUCUUAUUUCAUCAAGAGAUGAGCAUCCACGUGCUCCAUUAUUCGCUUGGAUAGUUGGUUAUGCUUCCGGUUGUGUUGUUUCCAUUCCUUUGCUCCUUUGGCGAUAUUUUGUUAGAGACCAAAAUUCAUCUCAAACCAAUUCCAGGACUGAUGAUCCUUCUGGGACACUUCUUUCUAAUUCAACCGCAAUUCAUGGCGAAGAUGAUGUUCCUGUUGUUGCUGUCGCUUCCUCCAGAAAUAGCCGAGCUUCGUCACGGUCGAUGAGUGGAAGACCAAAGCUACUCAUGGAAUACUUCAAAACCACCUUAGAUUUAUUUUUUGCAAUAUGGUUUGUUAUUGGAAAUGUGUGGAUUUUUGGAGGACAUGCAUCCGCCAACGAUGCUCCUAAUUUGUAUCGGUUAUGUAUAGUGUUUCUUACUUUCAGUUGUAUCGGUUACGCAAUGCCCUUCAUUCUAUGCUUAACAAUAUGUUGUUGCCUUCCUUGUAUAAUAUCAACCCUUGGGGUCACAGAGGAUUUGACACAAACCCGAGGCGCAACCUCUGAAUCUAUUAAUGCUUUACCAACUCACAUAUUCAAAACGAUGAAAAGUAAAAGCAAUGAUGAAUCUGAUAACAUUCCAGUUGUUAUUGAAGGUGGAAUCGUGGCUGAAGGAACUGAAAAGGAACGCAUGAUCUCUGGAGAAGAUGCUGUUUGCUGCAUAUGCAUAGCAAACUAUGAAAACGAUGAUGAGUUAAGAGAAUUACCAUGUUCACAUCUUUUUCACAAAGAGUGCGUAGACAAGUGGUUGAAGAUAAAUGCAUUAUGCCCCCUUUGCAAGAGUGAAAUUGGCGAGAAUGUAACAGAACCAGUUAUUGAGGAAAAUGCCAACCAACAAAGGGGUGAAAGCAGGGAUGAGAAUGGUAUUGCCAGUACCUCGUCAUAAUAUACAUGCAUAUUAUACACUUUUGCAUUUUUAUGGUGACUCUUUUCCUUCCUGUUUGCCCACUUUUUUCCUUGGAUCAAUGUUUGAAUAUUAGUGCAUCUUUGGAAUUACGGUGU